UCUUGACAGUAUGAUUGACAUUUUUAAAUUUUCCAACGUGGGGCCUCGCAUUUGUUGUUCCGUGACGAGCUGCAGAAAUGGCGGAAGAAAAAGAUGUGGCGGAGAAAACCAUUGCCGAAGACUUGGUCGUUACCAAGUAUAAAAUGGCAGGAGAAAUUGUUAACAGAGUCUUGAAGCAAGUCAUUGAUAAAUGCAAGCAUCAUGCAUCUGUUAGAGAGAUCUGUGAAUAUGGGGAUCAGCUGUUGACUGAAGAAACUAGCAAAGUGUUCAAGAAAGAAAAAGAGCUUAAGAAGGGUAUUGCAUUCCCAACCUGUGUUUCAGUAAAUAAUUGCAUUUGCCAUUUUUCACCCGUACCUAGUGAACCUGAUUAUAUUCUCGUAGAUGGAGAUGUUGCUAAAGUUGACUUGGGGGUUCACAUAGAUGGUUUCAUAGCUGUAGUAGCACACACUAUAGUGGUUGGACAAUCAGGUGACCAAAAAGUGACUGGCAGAAAGGCAGACGUCAUCUUAGCUGCUCAUUAUGCCUCUCAGGCAGCUCUUAGGCUGCUGAAGCCUGGUAAUGAGACAUACACCAUUACAGAUGCAGUACAAAAAGCUGCAGAGGCAUUCAAGUGUAAACCAGUUGAAGGCAUGUUGAGCCACCAACUGAAACAGUUCAAAAUAGAUGGUGAAAAAACAAUCAUCCAAAAUCCCAACGAUGCACAACGCAAAGAACACGAAAAAUUUGAACUGGACAAACAUGAAGUGUAUGCCAUGGAUGUACUGAUCAGCACUGGAGAAGGUGUUGGUAAAGAGACUGAUACCAGGGUGUCUGUGUACAAGAAAACGGAUGAGACAUACCAGUUGAAAUUGAAGGCUUCAAGAAUGUUUUAUACAGAGGUUAGAUCAAAAUAUGGCAAUAUGCCAUUCAACUUGAGGAGUUUCCAAGAUGAAACAAAAGCAAAAAUGGGUGUUGUAGAAUGUGUUAAAAAUAAACUAAUAGAGCCGUUCCAGGUACUCUAUGAAAAACCAGGUGAGUUCGUAGCCCACUUCAAAUUCACCGUACUCCUGAUGCCGAAUGGGCCGCACCGCAUAACCGGCUUGCCGCUCGACACGGACAGGUUCAAAUCGGAGUACUCCAUCACGGAUCCCGAAUUGCGUUCCGUACUGUGCAGCUCGGCGAAUCCGAAAGCGGCCAAAAAGAAGAAGAAGAAGAGCGAGAGUGGCGGAGCGGCGACGGCUGAAGAAGGUGGCCAAGGACAGACGGAACAGCAGCCGAUGGAAGUCGAGGCGACGGCGUGAACUAUACAAGAUGAAAGAAAAUUCAAUGACGUUGGCGUUAGAGAUUUUCACUCACAACAGGCUGGCUGAAAAUAUAUGGAAGUUUUUUGUAUUUGUUGAGGUUAUAAUUUUACUUGGACCCUCAUAAUAACUCACAGAAAUAACCAAUCCCAGUGAAAAUUUAAAAAUUGAAAGCAGUAACUUGAAUUUUCUCAUGACAACCAAUAAUCAAGUAUAUAUGAGUAAGAUCGUUUUAAAAUGGUUUGUUUGACUUUUCCUCUCAUGCUGAUGUGGAAUAAAACAGAUUGGAAAAUCCUACUGGUCCAAAAUUUGACAUAUCUCGAUUUUCUACAUCUUAAAACCUGUUGAAUUGACGCCAAGGUGUAUUUUGAGGGUCCUUGCCAAACCUUUCAUACUGUUAAGAAAAUCGUAAGGGUCAUUUCCACUACCUUUUAACAUUCUUAGAAGUCAGAAUAAAUUACAUAAAAUGUCGAAGUAUUGUUUAAGCUGUCAAUUAACAAUCAGAAGUUGGUAUAAAUGAAGAUUAUUACUAGGUAGUGAAACAGUUCCGUAAAUCUCACAUAGAUGUUGAAUUUUUUAAUAUUUGCUUCACACUCACUCAUUCCUUUAAAUUCUCGAAACUUGCUGCCUGUCUUAUACAAUCCAAUUUUUAACCUUCGUUAUUUUUUCUUCUAAGUAGUUGUGCCCUAACUAAUAAAUUAAGACAUUUCAAGAGUUGGAGUUUGGAUCAUCUGUUUGUAUUUAUAUUUGGAAGUUAAACAAGGUUCAUUAUAAGGAUCUCUUACAUGAAGCUAUUUACAUUACAUUAUUGUCUAUGAUUUUACUAGAGAUAAUCCAAAUUGACCUGUAAAACUGCAAUUCUUGAAAAAUUAACCAGACUUUUUCUCAUGAUUGAAACUAGAAAUUUCAAUACCUGAUGUUAGAUAAUUUGUUUUGUGUAUUUGUUUUGAUUUUUCUGUCUUCAGAGACAUCCUUAUUGCCUUAUACAUUCAUAUUUUUAUCUUUGACAUCUCUUAUCAUAUGAUCGCCAUACUUUUUGACUAUUGUUUAGAUGAGUCUUGUAUGUAGGUUGUUUUUUUUUAAGAUUGAAAAUUUAGAAGACCUGUAAGAUACAGUAUCAAAAUAAAUGUUUGCUAUUUUGACCACUACCAUUUUUUUAAUUCAUUGGUUGGAACAAAUUGUAUAACUCCUAAAUGUGAGAGGAAAACCUAUCCACUUUCCAGAGAGUAAAUUUUCAGUUGAAGCAAUAUCUAGGAGCUAUAAAAUAGAAGUCCCAUAUCAACCAAGUGCAAAAACAAAUAUAAAACUUUAUUUUAACUCAUUUCUACAUCACUAGUUAAAUACUUCAACUUUAAAACAACAGUCGUCGGUGAAGUCACAUCUGCUACAAGAAUAUCUUGCCCAUCUUUUAUCCCCAACUCCACCAGUGUUUUAUCCAAAUUCACUCUUGUUCUCUCC